AAAACCUACCUUGCUAAGCUCAAACCACAAUCCUACACAAUGGAGGAAGAGUACGGUGUUACCGAUUCGCCUCGGAAAGGACCCACCCUGUCCACGUCAACCUCCAGCUUCGAACCGUUCGACGCCCACGAUCCGAACCUUUCCCGGCUGGCGACCAAAAUGUUCCAAAAGACUGGGGAAUACAUUACGCACGAGUUGGCCUCGACGGUGGACGAUUACAAGCUGAUCGAAAACAUGAACAGUGCCAUGAUGGGUAAGGUGGCCGAUAUGCGGCAAAUGUCGCAAUCGAUUGCAGUAAAAAACGCAGAACUGAAUCAAAAAUAUGAGGAGCUGAAACCAUUACUGCAGAGGAUUGAUGAUAUUGAAUCGACGGUGGACAAGCUUGAGGCAGCCGCGUACCAACUCGAUUCGUACACGAUCCGUUUGGAGAACAAAUUUAAGUCGCUUAAAGCCAAGCAGUAGUGGUGACCAGUAUAAGUAGA